AGAAAUGACUUCAGCAUUGCCUUUUACUCGCUUUGUUUUACAUUGGAGGGGAGACAGAUUUGCAAUUUCCAAUCUGUCUCAAUCAUUCCCUACAGACAUACGUCGAUACGUUGUUUGACGAAAUGGGUGUUGGUGAGGUGGUUGACUGUGAGAACAGGUCCUUGGACAAAGAAGAAGAUAUUCAAAAAGAACAAAGCAGAAGCAAAGAAGAAUACGAGGAACUUAAUCAAGUAACGGCAUUACUGCUGAACCUCGAUUCUAACACAGGAGAAUCUAAUGAGAAUAGUGCUGAAACCAAGGGAUCUACUCUAGAAGAUCUAUUUGAUAUCUUAAAAUGUGAUAGAAUGCUAUCAUCGAAGCAAGAAGAGGUUGUUAUUAUUCCCGAUGGUCCCUUAUACAAAGUGCCUUUUCCCGCCUUACGAGAUCCUCGCACGGGAAAGUAUUUAUCAGAGACAAAGCGCAUUAGACUUGCUCCUUCAUUAGCGACUUUAAAGCACUUUGAAGACUUCCCAACAGACCAAACCAGCGAUGCCAAGCCUUUGGUUAUUGGUAACCCUUUGGUUGGGAAGGUAAUGAUGGAUGGAGAAGAAUGUGAUAUUGAACGUUUGCCAGGUGCAAUAGACGAAGCAGAUAAGAUUUCUCUGUUACUUGGAGUCCAUCCAUUAUUGGCAACACAGGCUACAAAGUCAGCCGUCCUAGAGAGGCUAAAACAAGGAGUAUCUGUCGUUCACAUUGCUGCACACGGCAGUCUCACUAAAGGUACGAUACUAUUUGCAACUUCUCUUGAGGUAAGAGCAACAAAGGUCAUCCCAGAUGAGGAAGAUUACAUGCUGACCAUGGCUGAUGUACAGCAGGCUAAAGUACGUGCACAGUUAGUUGUGUUAAGCUGCUGUCACAGUGGACGUGGUGAAAUCAGAGCUGAAGGAGUAGUUGGCAUGUGUCGAGCCUUUCUAGCGUCAGGUGCUCGUGCAGUGGUAGCGUCUCUGUGGGCCAUCGAUGACGAUGCAACACUCGACUUCAUGACAUCGUUUUACGGCAAUCUGAAAAAUGGGAAAAGUGCCAGUACGAGUCUACAGCUGACAAUGAACGAGAUGAGUAUCUCUUCCAGGUACAGCAAACCAAAGUACUGGGCGCCAUUUUUUAUCAUGGGUGAUGAUAUAACGCUCAAAAACAUUUAAAACGUGUUUGUUAAAUGAUAGAGUCGACAUGUUGUAGGCGUAUUACGGCAUUGGAUAAACUGGAGAAGCUACAAUACACUAUAAAUAGCUACCACUAUUAUCAUCACCAUCACUCACCAUGACUAUGACUAUAACCUAUGACUACAUUUGUAACUACCACUAUUAUCAUCA